AUGGCAGACGACAUUUCAAGGGGAAAUCACAAGGACAAUCACAAUCACACCAAUCACCAUCAUGACCGGAUUGACCUCGACGUCGAAAAGGAGCGCAUCGAGAGCUGCGAACAUGUGGUGGAGAUGCAAAAUCCCAACGUGGUGCCUCACAUCGACCCGGCCCGUCGUGCCGUGGUCGAGAAGAGCCUCAUGCGAAAGCUAGACGCGCGAUGCAGUCUCUUCGUGCUCAUUUAUAUCAUGAACUACCUCGACCGUAACAACAUCUCAGCGGCCCGUCUCAAGGGACUGCAGAAAGAUCUCUCCUUGACGGAUACACAGUACUCGACCUGUCUAAGUAUCCUCUACGUCGGAUACAUUCUGAUGCAAGUCCCCUCCAACAUGUUCAUCAACCGCAUUCAGCGGCCCUCGUUGUACAUUGCCGUUUCCAUGACUCUCUGGGGAUUGAUCUCCACGUGUUCGGGUCUGGCAGGAAACUUUGGCCAUAUGGUGGCCAUUCGCUUCUUGCUGGGCUUCGUCGAGGCCGCCUUCUUGCCGGGGGCUCUGCUCAUCUUGUCCAAGUGGUAUACCCGUCGCGAACUGACAACCCGUAACGCGCUGCUCUUCUGCGGUAACCUCAUUUCCAACGCCUUUUCAUCUCUCGUCGCGGCCGGUGUGCUGUCCAACAUGGAAGGCACUUUGGGCCAUGCCGCCUGGCGAUGGCUCUUCUGGAUCGAAGGUGCCGUGACCAUGACCAUUGCCAUUUCGGCCGCGUUCAUCUUGCCUGAUUUGCCCACCAACUCGCGUGGCUUUACUGAGGAGGAGCUCCUCGUUGCGCAGCUGCGAAUCCUGGAGGACGUGGGCGAGGCCGAUACGGACUCGGAGGAGCAAAGUGCCUUUAGCGGUCUGAUCAUGGCUCUGAAGGAUUUCAAGAUCUACUUGAUGAUGCUGGCUUUUACUGCCUACGUUAUUGGAUUGUCCUUCAAUGCCUUCUUCCCCACUCUUACCGGCACUCUUGGCUUCUCCUACGUGCCCACUCUCCUGAUGAGUGCACCCCCAUGGGUCUUCUCCUGUCUUUUCUCCGUGCUCAACGCCUGGCACGCCGAUCGCACCCAAGAAAAGCUCCUCCUUCCCGCGACCCCCGCCAAGCGGGCCGUCGCCCUCGCCCUCAUCAACGCCUUCAGUCAGCUUGGCAACGUGGCGGGCUCGUACGUCUGGGACCUCAAGGAGAACGGCUACCGGAAGAGCUACGGCAUUGUGACGGCCAUGUAUGGCGUCACCAUGAUUGGGUUCUGGCUGUUCCGUAUGAUCCUGGUCAAUUUGAAUACCAAGUUGGAGAAGCAGGAGAUGGAGUGGGAUGCGGAGCAUCCUCCUGCGCAGGGUCAGCAGGGACGAGGUGCACAUGGAGCCGGAGAUGGGAAUGUGGUGUUUAUGGAUAGUGCGGAUGAAUCGCUGCAGAUGAGGAAGGGAUUUAGGUAUUUGAUUUGA